GCUUUCUCUGGAAACAUUCAGUCCCGCCCCUCGAGUGAAUGCCAGAUACUUUCUUGAUGGCGACAGGUUUGAAAAGGAAAUAGCAGAACCAUUGUGAAAAUGGACGAGUCCUUUGAUCUACUCAAGUGCAACGAGGACCUACCUUCCUCACCCGGGUGCCACAUGGAUUAUGAUGACUUGCCAGAGCUGCAGGAGGUGGAGGAGGACCAGAGGUCUCCAGGGUUUUUCCAGGUCCGAGCAGGGGUGUCCCACCAGGAGCUGAGCUGCUCCCCAAGCACCAACUGGCUCACCGAGCUGGCCAACAUUGCCACCAGCCCUCAGAGCUCCCUGCUGAAGAGCGCCCCGCAUAGGAGAUCCUCUCCGGUCCACAUCUUUGGCAACAGUAAUAGUUUACAUUCUUACGCCCGUCCCCCGUUAGCCAGCAGUGCUCCCAACCCGUCCAGAGGCCAUUUCAGGGAGCGCAGGCGUGUCCGGGCCAGCAGCGAAUCCGAGUCUGGAGUUUUCUCAAUGUCCUCAUCUUUUUCUGACGAUGAAGACAUGGCCUGGUCUCACUCUUGGCCCUCCACAGCGUGGCAUUGCUUCCUUAAAGGAACCCGCCUGCGCUUCCAUCGUGGUCCUAAUGUGGAGUGGCAGGACGCUGAUGAACUUGGCGAUUCUGAUGAGGACUCUGAUGAUGAAACCGUGAUGCCAGCCUCCUCCUCUCUUAAGAGGUACGGUUCAGAGGGUCUGAAGUUGGUCAGCCACGAAGAGACUGUAUCUUUUGGCCAGGCAGUUCUUAAACUGACCUUUGACCCCGGCUCACCCGAUGACAGCCCUUUAACAGCCGAGUGCCGAUUGGAUCACCCAUUUUUUGUGAAAAAUAAAGGUUGGUGUUCCUUUUAUCCGAGCCUUACCGUGGUGCACCAUGGGAUCCCUUGCUAUGAGAUGCAGUUGGGAAACCUGUGCCUGCCACCAAGUCACCCAGAAGCCAUGAACUGCGAUGACUCGGUCGUCUUUGAUACUUUCAGAAGUUAUGACUUCACCCCACUCGACUCCUCAGCCGUGUAUGUUCUCAGCAGCAUGGCCCGUCAGCGCAAGACCUCCCUGUCCAGCGGGGGGCUGGACUGCGAGCGCUCCGGCUCCCCACAAUCCUCUACUGGCAGAUCAAACAGGAGCCAGACCUCAGGAACAGCCGCCUGUGCCACGCCUACUAAAUGCAAGCGUCCGAUGAACGCCUUCAUGCUCUUUGCCAAGAAGUACAGAGUAGAGUACACACAGAUGUACCCCGGGAAGGACAACAGAGCCAUAAGUGUCAUCCUGGGUGACAAGUGGAAGAAGAUGAAGAAUGAGGAGAGGAGGCUGUACACCAUGGAGGCCAAGGCUCUGGCUGAGGAGCAGAAACGACUCAAUCCAGACUGCUGGAAACGCAAAAGAACCAACUCGGGCUCCCAGCAGACCUAGAUGAUCUCGCAGAAACCCCGGCUGUUGGUUGUUUUGACACAGAGAAGUGCUGGACAGAGUCUGAUGGACCGCUUGAUGCCUCUUUGCUCUCCCGUAUUCUUGAGACUCAACUUCCAUGCAGAAUUCAUUGCUUUUGUAACCUUAAAACAUUAUUAGAGACAACCCAGAAUUAUGAUACUAUAAACAAAACAUGUAAUCUAGUCACUAACAGUGCAUAUAUUUUCCUAUAUCUUUGAUGUCAAAGUCUUAUUCCCCUGAAAUGAGAAUUAACUUUCUCAUUUUUUACAGGUGAUUUCAUAUUCAAGGUUGAAAAAGGAGCACAUGUGGUGCUCUGCCCGAGUGUAGGAGGAGCAUGACACAACAUGUGUUUAUAAUUGUAAAAAGGGGAUUUUUAGAUGACUUUUUCCACACUGUUCAAAUGAUUGGGAAAAGUAGUAACCCUUUUCAUACACUUUGUAAUACAAUAUAUUUUGCAGCUCAACUAUUGCCAACAGUAAUGCUGCCCUGCCAGUUUUUUUUUUUUACAUUUUAGCCCAACCAGCUGGUUAUACGUUGAGGGCUUUCAGCAUGUGGUGGUGGGUUCAUCAUACUCAGUCACAGAGCACUUCAGGCCUUUGCUUUAAGUGUUUAUUUCUUCCGCACUUUAUAUAAAUAUAUAAUCUCCUAUACAGUGAUUGUAUACUUGUGGAAACCAUUUGUAUAAUACAGCUGGCAUCUUGACAGUAAGCCAUUUGACACAAUCAGCGCUCAGAAGCCAUGUUCUGCUUUCAGGUUGCUCUUGAAUUUUAAGUGCUUUGUUCAUAAUGUACAGGUUUCACAGCCUCAACAACCUCUUGCACAAAAUAUCCUUGUAUCAUAUUAUAAAUAUUUUUUUUCUUCUUAUCCAAGUAUUUUGUUCUUUUCAUAAACUGUAAUCACAACAUGUGGUUGUUUGGCUUUCUGUUUUAAUACCUGUUGAAAUGAGUUUUGCCUGUUUUUUUGCUUCAAAUUAUUAUCUUCCUCCUAUGAACACAUGCGUUCACAGACACACUGAACCAGGCAGGUUUUAUCUCAAGCUUUAACAGCUUUUGAAUAUCCACCGAUAUAAAUAAUGUAGUAAACCCAUAAAGCCUGAUGUUUCCAGGUAAAGGGACAGUUUGAGUGUUUUAUUCUUGUGUUUCUCUCUCACAUUAAAAAUGCAGGGCACAUAAGCUCAAUAAGACUUCCAAAGCACAACUGUUCUACAGCAAGACGAUUCACUCUUGGGCUGGAUUAGGAGAAGUUUACCGGUUGUAAUUUCAUUUUAUACUCCCUGGAACACUUGAAAAUGAAAGAGCACAUUAUUACAUAAAAAUCAUCUAGUGGUGUAGUUACAUGUACACGAUUUACUUCAUUUACAUUGCGGCAUGAUGGUUGCACAGACGUGACUAUUAAAAACAAAAAUAUGCAAAA